AUGGCCACACCACUUUCGGCAGCAGAUCUUCAGAAGAAGCACAACUUGGAAGGAGCUCCGGAUCCUUUCCCUUCUCUGAACGACACCCCGGUUAAAGUUUCUUCGUCGACACCAGUGCCUUCGAGGCAAGAGUUGGACACCAACUCCCACACGGCCUUUCCUUCGCUUUCGAAUGGCUCACCUGCCGCCAAUGGCACGCCGAAGGCAGCAUGGGGCAAUGGACCGCGCAUCAAGCCCACUGCUGUAAAGCCCACUGGCGUUACAGAGACAUUCACGUUAGGUGCUUUGGACUUAUCCCCCGGGAAGGACGGCAAGCCCGCUACCCUUGGAGAGAUCAUGAAACAGGUCAUGGCCAAGUACAAAGUCAAACUCGAAGCCUCCGGGAACCAAAAGAGUCGGCAAACUACGUUCCAGAUCAAGGCAGACACGCAGAAAGAUCUUGACAAGGCAAAGCGUAGCCUCAUCGCGCUCCUUAGCCCCAUCACGACUCGUAUUCUUCAAGCACCUGCUUCCACCAUUGCUACUAUUAUUGGACCCAAAGGAGCAACAUUGAAACAAAUUCGUGACCAGACCGGUGUCAGGGUUGACAUUCCUCCCAAGGAUUCUUUGGUUCCUCCCAGUGCGAACGGUGGAGCCAGCGGUGCUUCUUCAGGCAAGGCUACGCCUAUUCAAGGCGACGAAGAUGAGGAGCCAAUGAUACCAAUUACGCUCACUGGGUCUGAGUCUUUGGUAGACGAGGCGCAAGCAUUGCUGAACCAGAUCAUCUCCCAGAAGACCUCCAAGUCUACUCAGCGCGUUCGUGACAUUCCGGAACACAUCUUGCCUUUCGUCAUUGCCCGAAGGCCUGCCUUCCUUGCUGUUGCUGAGGGUGGGGAUGUUCAACUUCAACUCAACCAGGCUGCCUCCGAGAUCACGGUUUCUGGCGAUCGAGAGGUGGUCACACGAGUUAUCGAAUCUAUCAAGGCCACUAUCGAAGGUUUCAAAGCCAGUCUCACCCACAUCAAGUAUCCUCUACCUAAGCGUCAGCACCGUUUGCUACUAGGAAAGUCUGGCGAAGAGAUUAUGGCUAAGAGCAAGUGCGCGGUCGUCGUCCCUAAACCUGAUGAUCCUACGGAAGACAUUGUCAUCUGGGGUGCUCCGAUUGAUCUUGGAGGUGCUGUCGGUGCUGUCAUCACUCAGGCUAACUCGCAACAUAUCGAGGAAGUACCUAUCCCCGGGUCAAUCGACUUGGCGAAACGAUUGGUUACUUACCUCACACGCAUUCAAUACGUUAAAUCUCUUACGGCAGAGCACCCUGCGGUUAAUGUUUAUUUGCCCACGACGGCUGCUGCUGAGAAGGCGCAGAAGUUGACUGUCGACGUUGUCGGUGACAAGGCUGCCGUCGAACCCGUUGCGUCUAAGAUCCUAGCAUUCUUUGUCACCCUUAGCGACGCUACUACUGUUGUACCUGUCGACUUCCUUGUUCACCGUGCGCUUCAAGGCAAGAAUGCUAAGAGGCAUGUUCUUCAUCAACUUUACGAGGCGCAUAACGUCAAUGUCUACUUCCCUAACGAAUCGGCAGAGGACUCUAAUGUCUUCCUGGUCUAUGAUACUUUUUCCCCUUCAGCGUCGGCGUCGUCUGCUGACAAGAAGAAGCACUUGGAUGAGGUCUCUCAAGAAAUCUCCAAACUUGCCAAGGAAGUUGCCGAUGUCAAGAGCGAGACCAUCUCUGUCGACAAGAAGUGGCACGAUGCUGUUGCCGGUCCUAACGGCACUACACUUAACGCGAUUAUCGGCGAGGACAAGGCAUUGUCGAUCAAGAUCGGUGCGGAGGCUGGAGAUCCCACUUCUCAAGACGUUAUCAAGGUCCGCGGCACCAGCUCUGAUGUCUCCUCUGCUAUCAAGAAGAUCCUCGAGAUAGUUGAGAAGGCUAAGAACGACGAAAUCGAGAGCAGCUACUCCACCACUUUCGAAAUCGACAGGGAAUAUGUUGGUCGUAUCGUUGGCUCUCAAGGCUCAGGCAUCAACAAACUGCGCGAUCAGCUUGGCGUCAAAGUCGAUGUUUCGGACGAACCUGACAACCAGGAUAAGGACGGCGGCAAGAAGAAGAAAGCCCUUCACCAGAAAUCCAAGGUCACGAUUGUCGGGCGCAAGGAGAAUGCUGAAGAGGCCAAGAAACGGAUCCAGGCUCAUGUCGACAGAAUGGCCGAUGAAACGUCUGAGAUUCUAAAGAUUCCUGCUCAGUUUCACCCUUCGCUCAUUGGUCAAAGUGGCAAGUAUGCUAUCCGGCUGGAAGACAAGUACUCUGUCAAGAUCACUUUCCCUCGCUCGACACCUGACAACGGUGAAGGUCGGACUCGUGAACAGCUGAAGGCCGACGAAGUCUUGGUCAAGGGUGGUAGGAAGGGUGUUGCCAGCGCGAAGCAAGAGCUCCUUGAUGCUUUGCAAUUCGAAAAGGAAGCGAACGAGGUCAUCAAAUUCAGCGUCCCCAACCGCGCAGUAGCUCGUAUCCUUGGUCGUGGUGGCGCUACCGUUAAUGAGAUCAAGAACAACACCGGCGCCGCCAUCGAUGUAGUGAAGGGAUCCGACGCUGACUCGAAUACCACGAUCACUCUUCGCGGAACCAGUGUAGCCAUCAAUGAAGCCAAGGCAGCUAUUUUGGAAAUCUCGAACUCGGUCGUCGAGGAGGUUACGGAGACGGUCAACAUCGAAACCAAGUUCCACCGCACCAUCAUUGGCGCUGGUGGUCAAGGCUUGAAGGAACUUAUUGCUCGCUGCGGUGGUCCUUCCGACCAAAAGGCACAGGCUGGUCUUAUUCGUUUCCCCCGCCCUGGAGAACCAUCCGACGACGUCGUGCUGCGCGGCGAAGCGAAAUUGGUACAGAAGCUCAAGGCUGAAGUCGAAAAGGUCGCUGCAGAGCUUCGUGAUCGGGUUGUACUUGGAGUCGAUAUUCCCGCGAUGCAGCAUCGGGCAAUGAUUGGGCGAGGCGGACAACAUCUGAACGAGCUUCAAGAGCGUACUCAUACCCAAGUUCAGUUCCCUGGAUCCCGCUCUUACAACCAAGUUGGAGACCCGGAGAAUGUCGAAGAACUCAAGGAUGCGGACCCCGCUAACAUCAUCAAGGUCUCCGGUCCUCGCGCCGCCUGUCUCAAUGCCAUUGAGAGCCUGAAGGCGCAAGUAAAACCCCCUCCAGCUGCAGCCAUCACGGACACCGUCGAAGUACCUUUGAAGUAUCACCACGCCAUCUCUCAGCAAGGACAAUUCUUCCGUACACUCCGCUCCUUUGGUGUUCAGAUUGAUCAGUCGGCCCAUCCUCAGAAAUCGGCAAUUCCCACUCGCCCUGAAGCUACUCCCGCCCCUACGGCUCGUAUCGAUGAAGUUGAGGAGGACGUAGAAACGGGUGUUCAAUGGGAAGUCAUUCCGAAUUACCAGGACGCCGAAGAAGGCAACUCGAUUUGGACUCUAAAAGCUCAUGAUCAAGCUGGACUGGAGCAGGCAUUGAAAUCGAUCGCAGAUGCUAUAGCCCAGGCCGAAAGGAUGACUCAUGUUGGUUUCUUGACAUUGCCCAACCGUUCCAGUUUCCCCAAAAUUGUUGGCACCAAAGGCUCAAACGUCUCUCGCCUCCGCGUUGACACUGGCGCGGAUAUCACUGUCAGCCGUGACACGAAUACUAUUGUCAUCAUUGGUGCCGAAGCUGAUAUCCUUGCUGCAAAAGAUGCUAUCCUCAAUAUUGCCUCUAACCCAGGACGUGGUCAGCGCCGCAACCGCGAUUAG